ACAGAGCGGGGCUGACUGCAGCGUGGAGCGCGAGCCGGGCUGGACGCGCGCAGCCCUCGCCGGAGACCCGCGAGAUACCCUUGGAGGCCAGGAGAGGGCGUCAGAUCCCUGGGAGCUGGAGUUAUAUGCAGUUGUGAGUCAUCUAACAUGGGUGCUGGGAAUUGAACUUAGGUCCUCUGCAAGACUGGAACUGAUAUCCACUGGAAGAACCUGCAACCCUCUCUCUGCCCAGAGUUCCAGGACCAAUGUGUCUUCCCACCGCCUUAAACCACUGAGCCAUCCGAAGCUGCAGCUUUAGAAGACUUGCCCCACUACCAGCAUGAGUUCUGAAUAUGAUGCCGGAAGCUCUAAAGCUGUUGUGAAUGGCUUGGCACCCGGCAGCCAUGGGCAAGACAAAGCAACUGCCGACCCUUUACGUGUUCGCUCUAUUUCUGCUGUUAAAAUAAUUCCCGUGAAGACAGUGAAAAGCCCUUCAGGCCUGGUACUCCCUCCAGAUAUGGACCCUACAAAAAUCUGCACUGGAAAAGGAACAGUGAUUCUUCGGGCCUCGCCUUCCUACAGGGAAACCCCAAGCAGCAGCCCUGUGAGCCCUCAGGACUCUCCGAAGCAUGAGAGUAAGUCAGAGGAGUGGAGACUUUCAUCCAGUGCCGAUGCCAAUGGCAACGCCCAGCCCUCCCCACUUGCUGCCAAGGGCUAUAGAAGCGUGCAGCCCAGCCUUUCUACUGACAAGCCCCAGGAUGCCACCUCCUCCAGCCAAGCCUCGUCUGAGGUAAUAGUUGUCCCUCUCUACCUGGUUAAUACUGACAGAGGGCAAGAAGGCACUGCCACUACUCCGGCAUCUCUGGGGCCACUUGGCUGCGUCCACACUAUCCCGGCGACCACCCCUGCUGCCUCACCUUUGACCUUCCCGACACUAGAUGAUUUCAUUCCCCCUCAUCUGCAGAGGCGGCCCCACCACAGCCAGCCAGCCAGUGCUUGUGGCUCCCUCCCCCCUGCUAGCCAGAGGCCACCACCCUCACCACCACCUCCGCUGGUCCCUCCCAUACCGGAGGACCUCCACAGAGGCUUGGAGCCUGACCUCCCGGGAGCUGUCUCAAGUACCGGCAGUCCUUUAUUAAAUGAAGUUUCUUCUUCCCAAAUUGAAACUGAUUCCCAAGCCUUCCUUCCAACAAGCAAACCGUCAUCCGCCUACCCCUCCACCACAAUCGUCAACCCCACCAUUGUACUCUUGCAGCAUAAUCGAGAACAGCAAAAACGACUCAGUAGUCUUUCAGAUCCUGCCUCAGAGAGAAGAGUGGGAGAGCAGGACUCAGUGCCAACCCCAGCAGAACUCACCUCGCCCAGCAGGGCCACGGAAAGGAGAGCAAAAGAUGACAGCAGCAGGCGGGUGGUGAAGAGCGCGCAGGACCUAAGCAAUGUGUCUAUGGAUGAAGUGGGCAUCCCACUCCGGAAUACCGAGAGAUCGAAAGACUGGUACAAAACCAUGUUUAAACAGAUCCACAAGCUGAACAGAGAUGAUGAUUCUGAUCUGCACUCUCCUCGAUAUUCCUUUUCUGAAGACACAAAGUCUCCCCUUUCUGUGCCUCGCUCAAAAAGUGAGAUGAACUACAUUGACGGGGAGAAAGUAGUGAAGAGGUCAGCCACACUACCCCUCCCAGCCCGCUCGUCUUCACUGAAGUCCAGCCCAGAGAGAAACGACUGGGAACCCCCAGAUAAGAAAGUGGAUACAAGAAAAUACCGAGCAGAGCCCAAAAGCAUUUACGAAUAUCAGCCGGGCAAGUCUUCUGUUCUGACCAAUGAGAAGAUGAGUCGGGAUAUAAGCCCAGAAGAGAUAGAUUUAAAGAAUGAACCUUGGUAUAAAUUCUUUUCGGAAUUGGAGUUUGGGAAACCGCCUCCCAAAAAGAUAUGGGACUAUACUCCUGGAGACUGCUCUAUCCUUCCUAGAGAGGAUAGAAAGACUAAUCUAGAAAAAGAUCUCAACUUCUGCCAAGCAGAGUUAGAGGCAGAUUUAGACAAAGUGGAGACGGUUAAUAAGUCACCCAGUGCAAACUCGCCACAGAGCUCAGCAGUCAGCCCGACACCAGACGUUACCUCAGAGCCUCCUGGAUAUAUAUAUUCUUCCAACUUCCAUGCAGUGAAGAGAGAACCAGAUGGGACCCCAGGGGUUCUCGCUAGCUUGGAGAACGAGAGGCAGAUUUAUAAAAGUGUCUUGGAAGGUGGUGACAUCCCUCUUCAGGGCCUGAGCGGGCUCAAGCGACCCUCCAGCUCAGCUUCCACUAAAGUGGAUCGUAAAGGCGGGAAUGCUCACAUGAUUUCUUCAUCAUCAGUCCAUAGCCGAACGUUUCACACUAGCAAUGCCUUAGGCCCUGGGUGUAAACCCAAGAAACCCCUGUCGGCUGCGAAAGCCUGCAUUUCGGAGAUCCUUCCUUCUAAAUUCAAACCCAGGCUCUCUGCUCCCAGCGCUCUCUUGCAGGAACAGAAGAGUGUCCUGUUGCCCUCAGAGAAGGCUCAGAGCUGUGAAAACCUUUGCGUUUCUUUGAAUGAUCCCAAAAGAGGCCUCCCACUCCGGGUUGGGGGAAGCAUUGAGAACCUGCUGAUGCGCUCGCGGCGGGAUUACGACAGCAGGUCCAGUAGCACCAUGAGCCUACAGGAGUACGGCACCAGCGCCAGGAGGCCCUGCCCUCUUUCCAGAAAGGCCGGACUGCACUUCUCCAUGUUCUACCGGGACAUGCACCAGAUCAACCGAGCUGGCCUCUCCUUAGGCUCCAUCUCCUCCUCAAGUGUGCGGGAUCUCGCCUCCCACUUUGAAAGGAGCAACCUGGCAUUAGCCAGGGGUGAGCUGGGUGCUAGCCAGGAAGGCUCAGAGCAUAUCCCCAAGCACACCGUGUCUUCCCGUAUCACGGCCUUUGAGCAGCUCAUUCAGCGGUCCCGGUCCAUGCCAUCCCUGGACUUCUCUGGCAGGCUGAGCAAAUCCCCCACACCCGUGCUGUCUAGAAGCGGCCUGACUUCAGCCCGUUCAGCAGAGUCCCUCCUUGAGUCUACCAAGCUCCGUCCGAGAGAGAUGGAUGGGAUGAACUCUGGAGGGGUCUAUGCAUCCCCCACGUGUAGCAAUAUGGCGGACCAUGCCUUGAGCUUCAGGAGCCUUGAGCCUUCUGAGCCCCUUUCUGUCUGUUCAGAUGAGCUAGACCACUGUUCCAAUGUUUCUAAUGACAGCAGGGAGGGCAGCGGGGGCAGUGUCCAUGGAGACUUCCCUAAGCAUCGCCUCAACAAAUGCAAGGGCACCUGCCCGGCGUCGUACACCCGCUUCACCACCAUCCGGAAGCACGAGCAGCAGCAGUCCUCCAGGCAGCCAGACUGGCGCUCCGAUUCCAGGGGCGACAGGAACAGUCUCCUCAGAAACAUCUACCUGAUGAGCCCCCUCCCUUUUCGGUUGAAAAAGCCCCUCCAACACCACCCCAGACAGCCUCCCCUCAAUGACUCCUCAGGGCCCCCUGCCAGCCAGAAGGCAGAUGUCCCCAGUCAGGGCCCUCAGGACCAGCCCCACUCUGAGGGGAAACCCAUGGUCCCCACCCGCCUGUCUUCCCGACACACCAUGGCAAGGCUUAGCCACAACUCAGAGCCCUCUCUGGACAGAUCCGCAGGCCUGGAGGAUUGCACAGGGGCCGUUAAUAACGGGAACCCCGUGCCCUACUCCGACCAUGGCAUGGACAGGAACAACAAUCCACAAAGGGAACUGGCAGCGGCCCAUGGAGAUUCAGAGUCACCAAGACAUUUUAUACCAGCUGAUUACUUGGAGUCCGCGGAAGAAUUUAUCCGGAGACGGCAUGAUGAUAAAGAGAAACUUUUAGCGGACCAGAGACGACUUAAGCGCGAGCAAGAAGAGGCCGAUAUUGCAGCUCGUCGCCACACGGGUGUCAUCCCGACGCAUCAUCAGUUUAUCACUAAUGAGCGCUUUGGGGACCUCCUCAAUAUAGAUGAUACUGCAAAAAGGAAAUCUGGGUUAGAGAUGAGACCUGCCCGAGCCAAGUUUGACUUUAAAGCACAGACACUGAAGGAGCUGCCUCUGCAGAAGGGAGACAUUGUUUACAUCUACAAACAGAUUGAUCAGAACUGGUACGAAGGUGAACACCACGGCCGGGUGGGAAUCUUCCCACGCACCUACAUCGAGCUUCUUCCUCCAGCUGAGAAGGCUCAGCCCAGGAAGUUGGCGCCUGUGCAGGUUUUGGAAUAUGGAGAAGCCAUUGCUAAGUUUAAUUUUAAUGGUGAUACACAAGUAGAAAUGUCCUUCCGAAAGGGUGAGAGGAUUACACUGCUCCGACAGGUGGAUGAGAACUGGUACGAAGGGAGGAUUCCUGGGACGUCCCGCCAAGGCAUCUUCCCCAUCACCUAUGUGGAUGUGCUUAAGAGGCCAUUGGUGAAAAACCCGGUGGAUUACAUCGACCUGCCUUAUUCUUCCUCCCCAAGUCGCAGUGCCACUGCGAGCCCACAGUGUACUAGUCACAGCAAGCUCAUCAUGCCAGCCCCUUCAUCACUGCCCCACUCCCGCCGAGCCCUGUCCCCUGAGAUGCACGCCAUCACCUCUGAGUGGAUCUCGCUGACUGUUGGGGUCCCAGGCAGGCGUUCUCUGGCCAUGACACCGCCCUUGCCUCCUCUGCCUGAGGCUUCUGUGUAUGACACGGACCACUUGGCCUUGUCAGCAAGGGCCCGUCCCUCCUUGCCACUCAGCCUCCCCUAUUCAAGUCUGUCAGAUCACUCCACAUUGCGCUCAGUGGUUUCCCCACUGGCCCUGCCUCCACCCCACAGAGCCUCCUCCCUGGCACCCAGUACUCAGGCUCCUCUUCACGUCAAUGGAGAUGGUGGUAUUCACAUCCACCAAGAUGGCUUCUCUCAGCCACCACUUGGAAACUCUGAUAGGGUCAUCUCAGAGCUUAGUGAUGCCUUUAGCAGCCAAAGCAAGAGACAGCCCUGGCGAGAAGAUGGACCUUAUGAGAGGAAAGCAGAGAGCGAGGCAGGUGAGAGAUGCCCUGGUGGACCCAAGAUCUCUAAGAAGAGCUGCUUGAAACCUUCAGACGUGGUCAGGUGCCUGAGUUCUGAGCAGAGACUUUCAGAGUUCCACACUCCUGGUGACAGCCAGUCCUUCAAGCCUCUGGGUAGCCCUUUCCCAACAUGGGAGGCUGGGCCACCAGAGCUUCACAGAGGUGUCGAGGCUGACAGGAAGGCUGCUCAGAGUGGUGUAAGCCAGGAAGCAGUUUGCAAUGAGAUCAUAAACAUUGCCGAGAAAUCUGUCCAUUACUGCAGCACUGUCUCUCAUCCCCUUGACUUUCAUCACAAGGUACCCCCCUCUGACAGUAAAUCAUCUUUAAUCGUUUCUCAGCAACCUCAAGCCCAGCAGCGGAGGGUCACCCCAGACAGGAGUCAGCCCUCACAGGAUUUCUACCAAGCACUGUAUAGCUAUGUGCCACAGAACGAUGAUGAGUUGGAACUCCGAGAUGGAGAUAUUGUUGACGUCAUGGAAAAAUGUGACGACGGAUGGUUUGUUGGCACUUCAAGAAGGACAAGGCAGUUUGGUACUUUUCCGGGCAACUAUGUAAAACCUUUAUAUCUAUAAGAAGACUGAAAAUCACAGAGAUUAUUUUUCUCGGAGGAUGAAGCAUCAUUCAUGAACUGGUCUCUUUAUUUAAAUAUUGGGUCAGCAGGAAAUUUAAUGCAGUUGGUAAAGAAUUCAAAGAGAGGAACGAAGAAGUAUGUUAAAACCCACUGUGUAUCAGGGCUUGACUGUGUGCUGAGGAAACUGGUAUUUACGUGGCUGCUCUGGAAGCUGCUCUAGCCCCACUGUUCGGGUAAUCUGAUCUGGAGUAGUGUCCAUGGGCAGCGUUAGCCAAAACUGUGCUUAGUCUUUGCCCAGUCCCAUUUCCAAGGGGCCCCCUGGGGCAGAUAGCUCAAUUCCUAACCAUGUCCCACAGGCCCAGCCUGAGCAUCACUGACCACGCCUGCCUCUAGCCCUGGCUGUCCCAGAGCCAGCAGAACCCCAGUGCUGCUGGAAGCCAGUUUGGGUUGUUGAGGUUCUCCUUCAGCACCACAACUUGAUGAGGUCUAGGUAAAGAAAUGGAGGCAGACCGGGUGCCCUGGCAUUUAGUCAGCUGGGUGACAUUGUUCUUGACUGCUCUGAUAUUCAGACAGAAAGCAUGCCAUAUUUGUCCUGAGCUUGGGAGCAGGUGGCCAGGCAGAUGGGUUACAUUUGUGUUUCCACAUGACUGAGGCAGUCACCUUGCGGCUCUGGAGGUCACUCGGAGUAUACUCCUUUCCUGGUCACCACCACUGGCUGGGCAGGGUGGCAUGUGCCUUUCUUCUCUGGCUUAGUAUGAGCUCGAUACCCCUGAGCCCACAGAAUCCAGACGGGGCUCUAGCAGUUCUCUUGGCAUGUGUAGGAGCAAGCUGGCUGCUGGGCCACCAUGCUAAGGCACUCUCAGACCUGGAGGGAUCCGGGCAUUGCCCAUGGAGGGGUUCUAAGGCCGCUGGGAAUGUUGUCUCUCCCAAUCCUUGUCCCCUCCUCCACAGCACCCCAGGCCUGAGUCAGAGCCGAGGAGUCAUACAUACACUGGUAUAAAGCUACAGUUCCGCUCCUUCUGAUGGCCACCAGGAGUCUGUCCUCUGUGGGUCCUGGCCGUGAAGAGGGGAUCCCUGGGUGCUGUCACCACACUAAUUGUUAGAUCCCUAAUUGACACAAAGCUAGGUAUGGCCUGUUCCCAGAGCUCAACUUGCCAGGGGUUCAGCUGAGUGGACGACAUAGGAAAAGGAGCCCAAUCUAGAGAGACUGUGAUACGUGCAGAGGGUGUGAGAAGAGAUGAGUUUCUCUUGGGGUGGGUACCCGAGAAAACAUUGCCAGGUUUGCAUCUCCCUCAGCUCACUGAGGAUGCUGGGAGAACCUUUGUCUGAGAGUAUUCAUGUCUGGGGAUACUUGGGAUUUUCCCCAGACUCUCAGCCUCUUAUUCUACCCGCAAAUACAUGGACAAGGUCACAGAUAGCAGGAAUUGUAGGUGAUAGGGGUAUAUACUGGAACCCCUGGCUCUCUGCAUGUAGUUGAGAAUCAUGCUAACCACUAUCCCAAAGUCUGGAGUCUUUACAAGUUGGAAACAUUUGUUUUCAGUGGCUGUCCCAGAUAGCCUAGGAUCGCACUCACUUCCCCCCACCACCCAUCAGCCACAGUUCUCCAAGGAGGCUCUCAGAAAAGACACUGCCUCUGAUUGAUUCACACUGAAAAUAAGUGGGUGAUAGGAGGAAUGUGUUGCGUCUUUCAGGGGGUGUGGUUUUUCACUGACAGAGCAGAGCCUUUAAUCCCAAGGGAGAAGGGUGUGGAACUGAGGGGGUAGAAGCUUCCUGGGCAGAAAAGCCCUGGUGACUCUAUGACCUGUUGCUUUGGAAGCUUUGCUUCACUGGCUGGUAGCACUGCUUUCUUUUUUUUCUUUAUCCCUCUCAAGGGAAUAUAGCAAAAAAUAUAAUAAUAAAAAGAAAAUAAAUAAACGCAUAUGUGCAUUUUUUAACCCGUUUGGAAUGUAGUCCUUGCUCUAUCCUAGAUGCCAAUCAUGAACAGUGCAAUUGUAUCUAAAUUUCCUGAGGGGUGCUUUUUGAUUAAGUAGGUAACUUCAAACACCCCUUUAAAUACAGCUAGAAAAAAAAAACCAUUUUGUAAAAGCCACAUUUGCAUCCAAUGCCAGCGUCACACAGAUGGUCUCCCAAAAUCCAGGUAUGCCCAUCUUUAAUAAAAAUCUUUCCAGCUUCCUGUAUAUGAAAAAAAUGAAAAGAGCGAAGGUUUCCAAUUAAUCCUUUGUCUUCAGACAUUUAGUAAUAUAAAGUACCUAUUUUUAUGCUGAAAUGUUUAUACAGGUUUACUAACAGCAAGCGCAGCUAACUGGCGGCAUGCCUCACAACACGGUUUUGAUAUAUUAGCCAUGCUUCCCAGGUAAAUGCACACCCCAAACUACUCACCUUUUGCAGUCUCUCUGGGAUCAGUAAAAGAAAAAAACAUCACGUUUGAGAAGUGGGACUGUAAAUAUGUAAUGUAUAUUUAACUUUGUGUAGCCCAUGUACCUAUCUUGUAUAGAAAAUAAUUUUUAAAACUUGAGCAGAAAUGGAGUAAAAUAAGGAAGUCAUGAAGGGUUGGUUUUUUUCCCCACUUUUAUUUAAAUGAAGGAAUUUCAAAUAAUUCACCUGCAGACUUUUAGCACAAAGAUAGUCAUUGGAAAGUAUUAACAUAUACAGUUGUUCUUUGGGGAAAAGAUGACAACUAUAAUAUCAUUUACAGUUUCGUUUUGCAGUUCUGUUUAUCUGCAGUAGUAUUAAAUCCUAUUGCUGGAAAAGGUUACUACCAAAAAAGAAGAUUAUAUUCAGAAAACAAUAACUGACAUAUGUAACCUACUAUUGCAUCUAAAUUCCACACCAAGCGCAUGUACUAUGCAGACACAGAUUUUUCUGUUCAUUUAUUUUUCUUUAUUGCAGUGGAUUGAUUUGAUAGACAUGUUGAAUUACUACUUUGCUGUACAUAUUAUUUAAUAAACUUUAUUCAGAAUUAUGUGG